AUGUCCCCGUCGUCGCCCCACUCCAAGCACCCCCCCGGGGAAUCCUCACCGGAGGUGAAGCAGAAGAUCAGCAAGAGGACUCGCGACUGCAGCAGGCACCCCAUCUACCGCGGAGUACGAAUGAGGAACUGGGGCAAGUGGGUGUCGGAGAUUCGCGAGCCUCGGAAGAAGUCUCGCAUUUGGCUGGGAACCUUCCCCUCGCCGGAGAUGGCAGCGCGAGCCCACGACGUGGCGGCGCUGAGCAUCAAGGGCUCCAACGCCAUUCUCAACUUCCCCGAGCUUGCCGCCUCCCUCCCUCGUCCGGCGACACUCUCACCGCGCGAUGUGCAGGCGGCGGCCGCCAAAGCGGCGGCGAUGGAACCAGGCGCUGGCAACCAGGAGCCCUCCCCUUCGACCGCGGCUUCCGACGAGCUCGGAGAGAUCGUGGAGCUUCCCCGACUGGGGACGAACUUCUUCGAGUCACCCGAUUCGGGGAAUGACUUCGUCUUCCACCAGUCCGCAGAGUCGUGGUCGUCGUAUUCUCCACCGUGGUUUGAGAGCACCGAGGAGUACGGGAGCUUGCCGGCCCAGCCAUGGCCCGCGACCCCGCCGGAGACAACGGGCUUUGAAGCUCUGUUGUGGGAUUACUAA